AUAUUGUAUCACUUAGGUAUCUUCAAGGUCGAGUCGGAGUCUUAAGCGACCCCGCAUUCAAGAAUGGGGGACAUAUUUAUUAUGGGGAAAAGACAUCCGACUUAUAACCUUGAAAACGAAUACCCAAUGAUGGACAAUCAAUUGCGCUGUUCAUGUAUGAAGGUGUUGACAAGGCCCCACCCCCGCAAUUGGAGACUUGGGGUAAGCACGGAGAUAUAAGUCAAUAAUUAGCAAAGGUUCUUGAAGACGGAUCUUGUCAUCCGUUAUAAGAUCAAGACGACUCGCUGGGGAACUAUGGAUUGAUGUUCCGCGAGCUGAGGAACAUUGCUGCUGACAAGACUGCUGUGCAACCCCACACGAGGAAGACUCGGCAGUUUAAACCACCCCACCACUUCACGACGCAGUAUUCAAACCAUAAAACAUAAUCUAUAAAAUCAACAAAUUCGGCACCAGAAGAACUCGCAGAUUUCAGUAAACGGAUAAAUCGCAACUCGCCAGAAUGAUCGCCGCAGACCCAGACAACCAACUACGCUACAAGCCCAUGAAAUACGGCGGCUCACUCGACCACCUCGAAUUCGUGGAAGUAACACCGAUCAUCGGACGCGAAUACACGCACGCAAAAAUCAAAGACAUCCUCCAUGCACCCAAUGCCGAAGAACAGAUCCGUGAUCUAGCCGUGAUCAUCAGCGAGCGCGGCGUUGUCUUUUUCAGAGAGAAUCAGCUGGAUCUAAGCGUUGAUGAGUUGAAGGAGUUUACUGAUCUCGUAGCGAAAUCGAGUGGGAGGCCGAAGGAGAAUGGGUUGCAUGUUCAUCCGCUGUAUAGAGAUCCGGGGAAUAUUCCGAUGGGGAAUGGGGAGACGGAUGAAAAUAUAUACGUGAUCAAUUCGGAAGCUGCCAAGAAACUGUAUAAAACAAUGGCGGGCAAAGAUUCAAAAGAGCCAAAGAAUCUGAGUAGAGAAUGGCAUAGUGACGCAACAUUCGAAGUUUGCCCAUCCGACUUCAGCUGCCUGAUGAUGGAAGAAACUCCCCGUCACGGAGGAGAUACGCUCUGGUGUUCCGGCUACGAAAUCUACGACCGCAUCUCGCCUCCCAUGCGCGCUUUCCUCGACACCUUGACCGCGACUUGCGCUCAGCCCGUUUUCCGAUCAGCCUGCACGGCUGGUGGCUACGAAGUGAUGUCUCCUCGCGGAUCGCCUCUGAAUGUUGGUGAUGAGUUCGCGCCUGUUCAUCCUGUGGUUCGUACGAAUCGGCAGACUGGCUGGAAAUCCAUUUUUGCGGGCGUCGGAUUGCAUGUUACUAAGAUUAACGAUGUUUAUGAGUAUGAGGAUCGGAUGAUUAGGGAGUAUAUUAUGAGGUUGAUAACGGUGAACCAUGAUUGUGUUGCUAGGAUGCAUUGGACGAAGGGGGCUGCGGCGAUUUGGAACAAUAGUUGUGUUUGGCAUGCGGCUACGCCUGAUACGCAUUUGGUGGAAGGAGCUUUACGGACUGGUAUCAGAGCAAGUUCAAUUGGAGAAAAGCCGUAUCUGGAUCCAGCUUCGACUUCGAGACGUGAGGCCUUGGGGUUGCCGAGAGCUUGAUAUUUAAGCUGCUGGAAAUAAAUCAAGGGUACUAUGUUCUAUGGCAGCGUGCAAUGGCGAAUAUUAUCUUAGAUAUUCUCGUGGCUUGUAAGGCUUUAGCAUGGACUAACAAGAAAUAUCUCCAACAUAUCAUACCUAGGUACUUAAACUUAUGCAAUGGUCAGGGA